AUGGAUUAUCGAGAAGAGAAGAGUCGUGCUUGGAAAAUGAGACCUUUGAAAAAUGCUGAUGCUGAAUUCGCUUAUGGAUCUGGGCAUGUCAAUCCAUUAAGGGCUGUUAAUCCUGGACUUGUGUAUGAAGCUGAUAAAGGAGAUUACAUAAAAAUGCUUUGCGGCAAUGGAUUUGCAGCCAAGAUCACUGAUUCUGAGAGACAGAAGUUGGCUGCAAUGAAAGAAGUAGUAUCAGUUUUUCCAAACAGAAUGUAUCAGCUACAGACGACAAGAUCUUGGCGCUUCAUGGGGUUCAACAAGACUACCGAGAAGCACCGAAAUUCAAAAAGGGAAAAUGAUCUUAUCGUUGGUGUAAUUGACACUGGAAUUUGGCCUGAAUCAAAAAGCUUUAAUGAUGAAGGUUUUGGUCCUGCUCCAGACAAAUGGAAGGGUGCUUGUAAGGGUGGUCGAAAUUUCACAUGCAAUAACAAAGUUAUUGGAGCACGAUAUUACACGUCUGAUCCCACAAUAGACUCUGCGAGGGAUACUGAAGGUCAUGGAUCCCACACUGCUUCCACAGCAGCAGGAAACAAAGUAAUGAAUGUAAGUUUUUAUGGAGUGGCUCAAGGUACUGCAAUGGGAGGUGUUCCAUCUGCAAGAAUUGCUGCAUAUAGAGUUUGCUCCGCUGAUGGGUGUAGUUCAGAGGCUAUCUUGGCUGCUUUCGAUGAUGCUAUUGCUGACGGAGUUGAUAUCAUAACGAUUUCGAUAGGAGGAGCAUCUGCAUCAGAAUAUACCCAAGAUCCCAUUGCAAUUGGUAGUUUUCAUGCCAUGGCUGAAGGAAUUCUCACUGUGAACUCCGCAGGAAAUUCUGGUCCUGAAAGUGGAUCAGUGGCAAGUGUAUCGCCAUGGAUGCUUUCUGUUGCAGCAAGCACUACUGAUCGUUCCUACAUCACAAAAGUUGUUCUUGGGAAUGGAAAGACUUUAGUUGGCAAAUCUAUUAAUGGUUUUAGUCUACACGGGAAAAAAUACCCGUUGGUAUACGGGGAAGAUGCCACGAAAUCAUGUGAUGAACCAGCUGCUAAGAUGUGCAUUACAGGAUGUCUGGAUACUGAUUUGGUAGACGGAAAAAUUGUGCUAUGUGAUAGUGCGGGAGGAGCUCCUGUUGUUCAUUGGGCUGGAGGUGUGGGAUCGGUGCAUCAAACUGAAAUGACCGAGAAUGUUACUUCGGUUUCCCCUAUACCUGCAUUGGCUUUACUAUCACAUGAUUUUGGAACUAUCAAAGCAUAUUUUAAAUCAGCUAAGAAACCUGUGGCAGAAAUACUGAGAAGUGAGACUAGAAAAGAUACGAAUGCUCCUGUCGUUGCUUACUUCUCUUCACGCGGGCCAAAUCUCAUUGCACCAGAUAUUUUAAAGCCAGAUUUAACAGCUCCAGGAGUGGAUAUCUUGGCUGCAUAUUCACCUCUUAAAGCACCCACAAAUGAUCCUUUAGAUACACGACAAGAAGAUUACAAUGUAAUAUCUGGAACCUCCAUGUCUUGCCCACAUGUGGCUGGAGCUGCGGCUUAUGUCAAGUCAUUUCACCCUGAUUGGUCUCCUUCCGCCAUUAAAUCUGCACUAAUGACAACUGCUUGGAAAAUGAGACCUUUGAAAAAUGCUGAUGCUGAAUUCGCUUAUGGAUCUGGGCAUGUCAAUCCAUUAAGGGCUGUUAAUCCUGGACUUGUGUAUGAAGCUGAUAAAGGAGAUUACAUAAAAAUGCUUUGCGGGUCAGGCUAUGAUUCAAAUAUGAUCCGACAAAUAUCAGGAGACAAAAGUACUUGUCCUGAGGAAGUUGAUAAGUCACUGGUGAGGGAUCUUAACUAUCCUUCAAUGGCUGUCAAAAUUGACAAACCACAAAAGCCAUUCAAGAUUGUUUUCCAACGAACUGUCACGAACGUUGGCAGUGCAAGCUCUACUUACAAGGCAACCGUUUCCUCGAAUCUAAAUGUUAGCAUCACGGUGGAACCCCAUAUUCUCUCUUUCAAGUCUUCGGACGAGAAGAAAUCUUUCAGUGUUACUGUUGCUGGGGAAGAAUUGAAAUCUCCAAUAUCUGCAUCUCUGGUCUGGUCUGAUUCUGUCCAUAAAGUAAGGAGUCCCAUUGUUGUGUACAGUAAAUCGGUUUAA